GCCUGAUACACGGAUAGCAAACGACUCGAUCUGUGCACCAAAAAAAGUAUUAUGGAAAAAAGCUUUUUAACGCACCGAAACCGAAAGAGCUAUGCUAUCCCCAACAAACUGGCUGGGCAAAGUAACCUGGUUUACGCAUUAAGACUUACGUUUAGGGAGCUGAAUUCCGCUGAACGUACAGAAACCGACACACUUCAUAUUUUGGUGACUGUUUGAAAUCAAUCAACGAGUGAUAAUCGCCAAACCGAAGUUAUUCAUCGCAAAACAGGUAGUGCACUGUCGGCGACGAAUGGUCAAAUACGAAUGAUUAUCACAAGAUCUUACUGGAAUGCAAUUGAGUGUCUGGAUUUGACCUUGUCUUUUUGCAGCAUCUGCUGAUGUGAUGUCAUGGAUCCACUGUUUGAAGAUGAAUCCAUGGACGUAUUGGCCCAGGAAGAUGGACUAACGGAGUCACCUUUCCAGAAUCAACAUUCUCACUACACUCAACCCAUAUUGGAGACCUGUUCAGUGGAAGGAGAAUCUGUUGUGUUGCCAACUCAAAUUUGUGAAAAUGCUUCUGUUCUCACAGAAAUGCUUAGCUCUGACCUGCUAUCAGAAGUUCUUACCCUAGAAGAUGUGCAACAUCUUCAUACGUACUUGCCAGCCUUUCAAACAGACUUGGAAAAUGAAAGACAGAAAACAUGGACUAUGCUUUUUUCAAAGCAGAAUUUCAUGUUUGGAAAUCCUGUCGAGAACUUCAGCAGGAAGAUGGAGUGUGGCCUCUAUAAUCCUGAUAUUGCUCAAACAAGAAACCUCUUCCAAAAACUUCAGAAAAAGAAUGUGAAAAGAGAGCAGAGAAAUUAUUAUUUUAAUUUACUCCAGAGUGUUAUCAUGUCCAGACAACAGUUGAUUGAAGCUGCCUCGCAAUUGCCACCUGGCCAAGCUGUUCGUUUGCAACCGUCACAGGGCAAUAACAGAAUGGUGGCAGGUGGCAAAACAAACAAUUUCCUUACAGACGAACGAGUCCGCAAAAGAUACUUUGACGAAUUAAAAGCAAUUGAUUGUAGGAACUCAGAUGACGACAAUUAUCCCGAAGGCCCACCGCCGCCCCUUUCAAAAAAACAGCGACGUCACUUGGGUUCAAUUCAAGGAUCUUUGAGCUGUGAUAUCAAGCCAAUUCAGUCGACAUUUACUCAAAACAUCUAUAAUCAUCUUGUUGUUGUGGAAAAUAAGCUCGACAAAACGGCGGAGGAUGAACUGUCACGUAGCAAAACUGCCUGUCCAGGCAAUGAGCUUUUUAGUGGGAAGUUAUCUGUGGACAGCAGUUCGAAAAAACAUGUCGAUACCAGACGAUUUGGUGAGGACUUCAAGCCCGUCUUAGACGUGGCGUCACGGGUGUCCUGUUCAAAAAACGUUUACGAAGUGAACGAGGAAACUUACAAAAUCAUGUUAAGCAAGCAUCGCUCGUUGAAACGAGAAGGAAAACUCGCACUUGAAAAAAGCUUUAAAGACACCACCUUGCAGGAUAUUGGCCAACGUGUUCGUAUGUGCAUAUUAAACAAACGACCUGCUGCACCAAAAAUCCUGGAAUCGCCUAAAAAGAACAAACCGAUUGUGAGUGCAAGCAGCACUUCGGAUGAACAAGAUUCGGAAGCCGAUACACCCAAAAAAGGCAAAGUUAAGAAGCCCGUCUCAGGUCCGGUGGCAAAACCGACAAAAGCUAAGAACCCAAAAAGUCGACCAGAUCGAACAGAGUCGGUCUCAGCUACCUUUGAGCAAGGAGAACGUAGCAGUAUGACGAUCAUGAGUGAAUCUGAAAUAAAACAAGAAGCAACCGAAAUACCACGUCCUAUUACUCCUCCUCCCAUAGAAAAGUGUCCUACUCCACCUCCUCCACCACCUCCUCUUCCACCUCCACCGCCUCCCUGUUUGACGCAAGACACUCACUCUAGCUUUUUCACAUUAUUGCGGGAAGUUCUCAUAAACAACGAACUGCCAGCCACUUUAAAACAAACCACAGACUCUGUGGUCGUUUGGAGUAGCUCCCCAAUAUCCCCUUUGAAUGAAUGGUAUUCGCAAUUGAUGCUUGUUCACCAAAGGGCAAAUGGCUGGACGAGCCUAGUCCAAUCUGCCCUAGAAUUCUUGAUGGACCAUGGACUAGUAUCUGCAGCUCAAGAUCUCGGUCAACUCCCCGUACAUUCCUGGAGUGGCCAAGGCAGAGAUAGCGAUGCCCUCUUGCAAGAUUUGUCUGGUAUUUGGCUCCAACAGCAGCAGGAUAAUAGUCUUGAAGGCAAGCUUGACGUGGAAGGCACUAGCGAGUUGAACGAUUCCAUGCUCAGUUCACCACCUGAUCCAACUUUGAAUUUGGUUUCGGGUCUUGACCUCAGUGAGGAUAUUUCAGACGUGGGUUCUUCCUCGUUAUUCGAUUCUGCAGAUGUGGUUCACCCACCACGAUCCGUAACAUCUUGGACAGUAAAGCCAAGUACAGCCGAAGACAAGGCGAUUUAUCAGGAACAAGAGCGUCUCCGAUACUGUCAACCGCAUAAAGCGUUUACUUUCCGACAACAUGGCUAUGAGAGUAUCGUGGGCCCGGUUAAAGGCGUUUACACACCUGGCCAAGGAGUUGGUCAGCCGUCGAGCAAGGUACGUGGCCAUAAUCUAAUGGUUCCGGAUCGCCCAGCUUGCGUCACCCUCCUAUCGUUGGUUCGCGACGCGGCUGCUCGGUUGCCUAACGGUGAAGGCACGCGUGCAGAGAUAUGCGAGUUGAUGAAGGAAUCUCAGUACCUGGCAUCCGGUGCCGAGGCUUCUCUUCAUUCUGUCGUUAGUGGCGCCCUUGAUCGACUUCAUUACGAGGCAGAUCCAUGCGUGAAGUACGAUUCCGCUCGGAAAGUAUGGAUCUAUUUACAUCGUCAUCGCUCAGAAGCUGAAUUCGAACAACUACACAAACAACAUCAGGGUAUGCCUAGUAGAGUUAAAAAGCCACGAAGUGAGCAGCGUCGUUCGUCUGGCGUUGGAAGUAGUCCUGCGUCCGCGAAAAACAGUAAAAUCCCGCCGCCUGUUCCGAUUCCGGCAACCAGUCCUGUUUCGCAAGCGCCUAUCAUACAGCCCCCUUCAGUCCCGGAAAUCCAAAUUCCUGUACAAGCACCCGUUUCGGUCGCAGUCAUGAAAAGUACCCCAGUCAAGUUAAAUAAUUCACCCAUUGUAACAGUUCGCCAAGAGCUAAGUAAAUCUCUAACAGCGCCAGUAGUAGUUGCGUCUCCCUCUGGCUCAACCCCGACUGUCACAACACCAGUGACCGUCACAGGGAUUACGCCGAGUACCGGAGCCGGCCCGGCCACCAUACAAACUUUUCAGAUCACGACAUCGACUGGAAUUCAAACCAUUCGUGUGGCAGCACCAGCCAAUUUACCAACUGCACUUUUAGCUAGAACUCUCCAGAUUUCUGCCCAGCAACAGGGUGGUCUUCAAGGACAAAAAGUUAUCGGCACGCCGACGCUUGUAAAUGGAAAUUCGUCCAUCAAGCAGGUUAUCUUAUCUCCUACGUCAGGAAAGACCACGAAUACAGCUUUACUUUCAAGCCCACGGGCACCUGUUCCAAAUGUGCCACCUACGACUAUCUCAGUGCCAACAUCCUCGGCUUCCAGCAUAAUAAGAUUAAAUAUACCGGUUACUGCCGCUACAGUGUCAGGAAUAAUGGCGAACACAGCCAGAGCACGAUUUCCUGGAAGCCCUGUACGCCUAGCUGGAAGACAAGUUGUUAGUACGAGCAAUUCAGUUACAUCUCCUGUUCAAACUUUCCUCAUACGGCCUCCAACACCGACUACGGCCAGCAGUGGAAAUUCACCAUCGACAUCCAGUGCUCCGAGACUUGUGAUGGUUAAUAACAAAUUAAUCAACCUAAGUUCGACAUCAAUUGCCGGACAAAUGGGUCCCAACACUCGCAUGGUGAGGCCCAACAUUGCUGUCAGCAUGGCCAGUGUACGUAAAGCAGUGCCAUCUAGUCCGACGACCGGGGCAGCGCGGCCGGUACUAGCCAGGGUAGUGACUGGGCCUGGUGGAGGAACUCAACAACAGCAAGUGAUCACUUUAGAAAAUUUGUUGUCCUUGACCAACGCCCAUCACAAAGGAGGAGCUAAGACGGGAGUUGUUCAACUACCCCUAUCAGCUAUAGCAGGGCUGAACGUUGGAGCCUCGUCAUCGACGAAUCAACCUACCACUGUUCUUUUGCAGAACGUCAAAGGGGCCCAGUCUAUUCUUUUGCCUGCAGGCUUUCAAGGUGGGACAAUUAACAUCCGUGGCGUUCGAGUGGCCACCCUUUCCCAGCAACAGCAACAACAGCCAGCGGGGCAGCAACCCAAACCAGCGUUUGUAGCCCGACUCGUCGCACCCCCACAACCACCACCACCCAAAAGCUCUGAUGUAUAG